AUGGGAGAUGAUGUUCAGCUUCCUCCUGUGUGUGACACCCCUGUGUACAUCUCAGAUUGUCGUAGUGCACCAUCUAACCACGGUCAUUUGGUUUGGACAAUGUUUGAUAGUGCUGUUGAGCUUACUCAGAUUAUACGGCAGAACGAAUCUGAACAACAGCUGAGAGAUGUGCUGAUGUCAUUAAGAAAUUAUACCACAACACCCCAGAAAAUCCAUUGGCUACAACAGUUUCAAUGGCACAAUCUCCGCAUGUCGCACGGGCCAGAACUCCUUGCGAGGAUGGAUGAGCAAGGUCUGUACGUAUUUCCCACGCGCCGUCUUGAAUGGCAGCGUAAUAAAACAAAGCUGCUUGAGUGUAACAGACGGCCAAACCACCCAGUAGCAAAGAUCAAGGCAGUUCACAAUGGCCGACAUGCAGUGAAGGCCGACAGUAAUAAGGCGGGAGGAUUGUUACCUUUACUGUAUCUUUCCCGUGACAGCAAAGUCAUGCAGGUGGUUAACUUAAAGGCUGAUUGGGGUUGUUCAAUGGGGCGGUAG